AUGCCGCUCCCGCGCUUCGCAGCGACCUACCUCGGCCACCCGUGGCGAUGGACCCUGCUGACGGCCAAGACGCUGGCCUUCGUCCACUGCUUCGUGACGUACGGCUACAGCCUCGGCCCCGCCUACGGCCCGUCCAUGCUGCCCACGUUCGAGGUCCUGAGCGAGUGGCUGCUCAUCUCCAAGCGGCACAGGAACGGCCGUAACCUGAGCGUCGGCGACCUCGUGGUCUACAAGAUCCCCAUCGAGCCCAACGCCGACGGCAUCAAGCGCGUGCUGGGCCUGCCCGGCGACUACGUCCUCAUCAACUCGCCCGAGAGUGAGAGGGACACCAUGAUCCAGGUGAGUAGAUAG